UCACUUCUCAAAAACACAACAUGGCUCACAACCAACAAUACUAUCAACAACAUCAACACCGCCAGCCACACCUCUCGCACCAAGUGGUCAAGACCGCAACCGCAGCCACCUUGUGUGGGUCCCUAAUGGUCCUAUCAGGACUCACACUGGCGGCCACGGUGAUUGGUCUUGUGGUGGCAACGCCUUUGCUGGUUAUAUUCAGCCCGGUAUUGGUUCCGGCACUGAUCACACUUUCAUUGAUAUUUGGUGGGUUUUUAGCGUCUGGGGGGUUGGGCGCUACGGCGUCGUUUGUGUGUUACUGGAUGUACCGGUAUGUAACCGGGAAACACCCGGUGGGGUCUCGGCAGCUGGAUAUGGCUCGGGAUAAGAUUGCGGGAGCGGCGAUGGAGGCGAGGCAUAAGGCGGAGCAGUUGGGUCAUCAGACCGGGAGGACUGCUGCUGCCGGUGGUGGUGUUGGUCAAGGUCAUCAGAUUAGAGUGGAGCAUCAGGCUGCGUAGUGUGUGUGGUUAAAUUUGAAUAUUUGAUGCAUGUAAUGUAAUGUGAUGGUAUGGUAUGAUUAAUAUAUGUCUUCUUACUUUCGAGU